GGUCAGCUUCACCCAAACAGGUGCGAUUCAAAACCUGAUGCGGUACACUCCCCUUUGCAUCAAGACAAACAUCAACUGACAUCUCAGGGAAAGAACUGUGACCAUCAAGUUCCACAUCUCCUGAAAAGUAGUCCAAGUUCAAGACGAAAAUGUAGAUACAGCCCCGGUAGUUCUAAGAAAGGAGCUGGUCCAGAGAGGGAUGCUAGCUCCUCAGACAACAGGAGCAGUCACAUGAUGGAAUCACCAGAGAUGAGUAACAACAACAGAGGUGGUCACCAUGGCGAUAGCCCCGCCCUGCGGCGCUUGGGUAAACCCAGCAGCUCGGAGUGGAACAGCUCCGACAACCUGUCUGGGAAUCUCUCGGAACCAGAGGACAGUGCCUACCGCUCCAGCAACAUCAAGCCCCUUCUGUCCGAGUCUCCCUGCCCCUGUCCCCCCCACCACCUGGCCUUCCACCAACCCCCCCAUAUCGAACUAGAAGAGCCCUCAUCUCAACAUCAYCCCMCCARGCCYCCAKUGCCUCACCCRAAAGCCGCCCAGCYAYCRUCCCCUCACCAGGGGGAUGUUGGCCGCCAUUGCUUCCGUCCCAGGCUACUCCAAGAGCCCUCCCAGACCAGCCCCCGGCCCAGCGUACGGCCCGCCCCGGCCUCACAUACCCCCAGCCCCAACCAGAGGUCGGAAUCCAAUGGCCCUCUGCAGAGGCCCUCGUCGGGUGCCAGCUCCAAGUCGGGCUCGGACCCAGAYAGGAGCAACCCGUCGUCGYGCGAAAGRGAGGAGAGGCUSCCCAUCUGCAGGCCACCUGGACCCGAGUCAGCGGUAGCCCAAGGGGUUUCCCUCACCACGUACUUCAGCGUGGACAAUUGCAUGACAGACACGUACAGACUUAAGUACCAUCACCAGCGACCCCUCUUACUCUCAGCUAUCGUGCCCAAAGCACCAACUGAGCCCCGAGAACACCCCAGCCACCACCUGCACCCCGCAAACACACACUCCAUGCUAGACCCACCCAAAACCCGGCCUGAUGCAGGCCAUAACAGCAAUAAGCCCACUGCAAAAUGGAACCCAGUGACAGCCAAAGGACUGGACGAGCGUGGCUAUUUGUGAUGGUAUUACCUGGUCUGAUGUCCAUGGAAAAUAAUCUAUUGAACUGGAUGCCAAAGAGUCUGCUGACUGGAAAAGUGUUGCUCCUAGAACUUCAAUUGAAAUCAGUGUCAAAUGCCAAAUCACUGAUGCACUGUGGGUUACAUAAGUACUUAUAUGUAUUUUGAAGGAAGAUACAGUUUGAUAGUCCAUUGUCAGAGAGAAAAAUGUUUAUGUAUGUUGAUAGAUGAGUUGGAAGUUGGAAAGGGCAGCCCAAGGCAUAACACAGUCAAAUAUAAUGAUAACCUGUUGAAUAUACACUUGCUACAGUGUGACAUUGACCUCUGGGAUCAAGAGGUGUACCUUUUGGUUUAAGAUAAUGUGCAUCCCUGAUCGUGUGGCCAACACAAAUUUUAUUUCCGAAUAUGAGCACCAAAUUCAGCAAUCUCAGAAUACAAACACUAACAUUGUGUUUGCAUACUUGUUAUCCUGCUGAAUAGACAACUGUUACAAUGUUAGCCAACCUGCAUGAGGACUUAUAAAGAGGUAACAAUAGUGAUGUYUACAGUAUGAGCAUGCGCAUGGCAUACUUUACAUUUGUAUCCAACCGACAUCCAAAUUCCAAUUGGUUUAUGUUAUUGGGUCUACUUAAAUUAUAUCUUCACUUUUUUUGGGACCUGCCUCAAUUUUUCCACGUACAGUACCGUGCAAGUACUUUAUAGGCCAGGAGAGACAUCKGAUUUAUUUCAACCACUGCUAACUUGAUCAACUUUAGCCACUGCUAACCAAAAAGUAAAAGGAAUGAUAGGGGAAAGCUCACUAUGUUCAGAAUUUGUUGCAAAAUCACCUCUAAGUAACUUCAAUCAAUCAAAUAUAUUUAUAAAGCCCUUUUAACAUCAGCAGAUGUCAAAAKGUGUAUAUACAGAAACCCAGCCUAAACCCCCAAAAGCAAGCAAUGCUGAUGUAAAAGCAUGAACCUAGGAAGAAACAUAGAGAAGAACCAGGCUUUGAGGGGUGGCCAGUGCUCUUCUGACUGUACCGGGUGGAGAUUAWAAGAAUACAUGGCCGUUAAGGCCAGAUCGUUCUUCAAGAUGUUAAAACGUUCAUAGAUUACCAGCAGGGUUAAAUAUUAAUCACAGUGGUUAUAGAGGAUGCAACAGGUCAGCACCUCAGGAAUAAAUGUCAGUUGGCUUUUCAUGCUCGAGCAUUCACAGGUCGAGACAGGUCGAGAGGGUUGAAAGAGCAGGUUCGCUAAACAGGUCAGGGUUCCAGGCAGAACAGCAGAAACUGGAUCAGCAGCACAACCAGGUGGACUGGGGACGGGGACAGCCAGGAGUCGCCAGGCCAGUUAGUUGUGAGGCAUGGUCCUAGGGCUCAGGUUCUCCGGGAGGGGAGAAAGCAAAGAGAGAUUGGAGAAUUAAAGGGAGCAUACUUAAGAUCACACAGGACACCAGAUAAGACAGGAGAAUUACACUAGAUAGGACAGACUGACCCUAGC